AUGAGCGCGGCGGAGGUGAGGACUCCAUACCCCGUUUACGGCACAGUGGAGGCGUCACAAGAGGCGCUACAGGAGUCUCUACAGGAGUCUCUACAGGAGUCUCUACAGGAGUCUCUACAGGAGUCUCUACAGGAGUCUCUACAGGAGUCUCUACAGGAGUCUCUACAGGAGUCCCUACAGGAGUCCCUACAGGAGUCCCUACAGGAGUCCCUACAGGAGUCUCUACAGGAGUCUCUACAGGAGUCUCUACAGGAGUCUCUACAGGAGUCUCUACAGGAGUCUCUACAGGAGUCUCUACAGGAGUCUCUACAGGAGUCCCUACAGGAGUCCCUACAGGAGUCCCUACAGUAG